ACAUGGAAAACAUUUCAGCUGCUUUUAUGAACAACACCCUUGACCGCAGCGCGCCAUUCCCUCUCAGCUACUGAGGCGAAAGCAGCUGCACAACAACUCUAACAGAACCAGCAGAAGCACCGCUCAGAGAUGGGGAAAACCUUCCAGGUGGUGGUUCACGGACCCAGGGGGCAGAAGCUGAUCGUCGACUUGUGCAACACGGACGAACAGAUGAAGAACAUGAAGGUGCUCCAGCUGAAGGAAAAGAUAGCAGAGAAGCUCCCAGAGACCGCAGGAGUGGAAGAUCUUCGCCUAAUCUUCACAGACAAAGAGCUAGAUGGAGACAAUGAGUCGUUGUCUAGUUAUGGAGUCCAGCACAUGUCGGUCAUCAUGAUGGUGUUGAGGGUACACGGAGGACUGACCGCCUGACAGAGCAGCAGUACUCUCCCUCUUCUGUUCCUGUUGCCUCUUCUUCUGUUCCUGUUUACCUGAAGAGUUCUGUUCAGUAUAUGAAAACUCCUGACACUAUUUGCACAUUUGUGGGCUGUUUAUGAUGCUUUAAUGCUCCAAUUUUGUCAAAACUGUUCCUGUUGUUGUAAAAAUAAAAUUUUUGAGAUGACUUGCUAUUAAUUUUGUUUGCUGAUAUUAUCUGGGCUGUUGUCAUCUCUACACAAAUCACCGUAAAUUCUUAAUAAUGCACUUGCUUAUUUGUCUUGUACACAAACAAUCCAUACUCUAUCAGUCAGCCCAGCUUGUGGACAUUUUACACACUCACGCUAUGUUUGUAUAUUUUCAUGUCUCCAUAGCGGAAAGAAAAAUUUGCAGUCACAAGUGUAGACUGUUUUAACUGGGGUCUAUAAAUCUACUCAAGUAAAGUUAAAAAUUAGUCAUUUAAGUUUACUCAAAGUUCUGAGUACUACUUAAGAUACCUAAUGGGGUUGUACAGUGAAAUAUGAUUUUUUUCUCAAUGAAUAACAAGAAAAUAUGAACCUCCAUCCAGGUUAUCUGGUUAAAAAGCCCAUCUUUAUAGUCAAGUAAAUGCAACAGCUGUUUUAAUGUCUGUAAUAAAUCAUUCUCUGGUUUUGUGGUUUCAUGUGUAGUCAUAAAAGGCUCCACAGAAAGCUUGGACCUCCUUGUUUGAACUUUUUCUCACUAAUUGGUGCCAUUUAAAAUGUAACGAAAUUCUUCCUGAAAAAUGUCAAGUUAUUAAAGCAGCCAGACCACAAUAAAUCUUAAUAUUUCUGUA